ACGCAAUAUUACUUCAAAUCCUAAUUACCGAGAGACAUUAUGACCGCAACCAUCUCUCACGAGUCAUUAAACGCCACACUCACAGGUCUCAGGACCUCGGACGUGAUUCAGUUUCGAGGCAUUCCGUAUGGCCGCGUUCCUCGACGAUUCGCUGCGCCUGAAAAACUGGACAGGUAUCCUAGAUUUCUUGACUGCACUAACUUUGGACCUCGAUGUCCGCAAGUUGCUGUCGAUGUCGGACAUUUGUUGCGCGUUCCUCCAGAUCAUACAUUCCCACAUGAGCCGGAGGAUGAGUUCAAAUGCACCAAUUUAGAUGUCGUAUUGCCUGACAGGGGCCCUGACGUAGGAAAUUCCAACUUGCCGGUCUUGGUUUGGAUACAUGGAGGUUCACAAGCCGUGACGUUUGGAAGCGCUGCAUCCGGAGUCUGCGACAUGAGCAAAAUAGUGGCUGAUUCGAUCCGUUUGGGAAAGCCAAUAAUCGCUGUAUCCGUUCAGUAUCGACUCAAUGUCUUUGCUCUUGGCAAUGGAGGGGGGCCUCCGAACUUAGCUCUUCGUGAUCAAGAGCUGGCUUUACAGUGGGUUCAAGAUCAUAUUUCAGGCUUUGGUGGUGAUCCGGAUAUGCUUACUUUAGCGGGCGAGAGUGCCGGGGCUAUUUAUUGUCACGCCCACUUGGUUGCAAAUGCGCGCGUGCGACAAGUCAUUCUAUCAUCUGGCUCAUUGUUCCUGUCGUCACCUCAGCCUUGGAAUUUGGUAGCAAGUUUUCGGGACAAGGUUUCCACGAACUUGAAGGACCUGGAUCAAACGCUCGAUUUGGAAACUGCAUCUGCAAGUCAGGUUGUUGAGGCGGUCAGAAGAUCUGGCGUACAGUCAUUUUUCCUCGAAUGGGAGGAACCCUUCAAUGCUUGGCAUACCAAGACAGGCAGUGCAGAGAGACUACUUCUCAGCGACGUGACGAAAGAGGGAGCCAUUUACCAAGCAGGAGUAUGGGCAACAGACCCCAGCGACAUAGCGAAAGCCUUUGAUGCUUCCGAGCAAUAUGGCGACGAGCUCAAGAAGUUGUAUCAUGUCUACCCCGACCGACCUUCAUCCUGCAAAAAUGGGGCAUUGGACUUUAUCAACGACUACAAGUACCUGCUACCAAUCCAGUGCCUCGAGAAAUCCUUCAAGGAUGCAAGGAAGCCCGUUUUCAGAUGUCUGAUAGACGAAGCAAAUCCAUGGCAGCCUUCAAGUGGAGCUCAUCACGCCGUCGACCUUGUUCUCUUGUUCGGAGGCUUCGAUCUGAGUUUCUCACCUAGUGCUGAGCGCGUUGGUCAGGCGAUGCGCGAGGCGUGGAUCAAGUUUGUUUCCGGGGAGGAACCGUGGCCUGAAGCCACGGAGAAGUAUUAUGGUUUUGGUCCCCAUGGGAGUCUGAAGACUCUUGAAGACUGGGAGGUUCAGUCACGGAGACGCAUUGGACUAGCAGAGAAGUUGAGUGAGAUGGAGAGUUCGUUCUUGGAUAAGACAUCUCGUGGGCUCGCGGCUGGGAAAGUGAGUUUGUUGAACUGAUACAAUCGUUUCAGGAUAAUUAUCUGGUUACUACAAUCUGAG